GGCGGCGGUGAACGAGAUCCUCGACACCGUGAGCAGGAUGAUGCAGGAGUACGAGGAGGAAGCGGCCCGGAUCCGCAAAGACAACGAUUAUCUAAAAGAAAUGAUCAAGCUCACAGGAUGGAGUUUUAUAGAAAUAAAUCCGGGUAGGAUUAUUUCCAUGCAAACACAGUUCUUUUUUCGAGGCGUCAAAUCUAACCAAAAAAAAACCCAGGUCGAUAUAAAUGGCAGAAAAGAGAGAGAGGUGUGAGAGGCUCUGUCCGCCAUUGGGAGAGCUCGGGUUUGUUUUUGUGAACAGUCCUACACUGAAUCCCUUUCUGAAGCAUUCAGUCUAAUUCGUUACCGUUCAACGUUUGAACACUUGAUAAACCAACAUUCAGAUAGUCCACUAAUGUAACCCAAAUUAGAAAUAGAAAUGUAUAGCGUUUAUAAACGUUAAUAUGAGAUGACUACUGUAGAUGAGAAACUGCUUAUGGAGAAAAGUCUGUCCCAUGGUCUCCUUCAAUCCUUCUGCACUGUUCACUGUUUAAAACUUUAUUUUUUUCAUCCUAGAAAUUACUAACAUGAUAGAAAUGUUAAUACAAUUAAAAAAAUACUAAAAAAGGACUCAUGUCAUUUAGGGUAUAAGUGAUCAGACUGGGCCUGGAUCAGACACUCCAGUGUCAACAUCAGCCUUUCUAUUCUUAAGUUGAAGAUUCAGUAUUUCGCAAUACCAAUGAUUAUAUUGUGAUCCAAUGCAAUGCAAUGCAAUACAAUAAAAGGAUUGGCCUCUAAUCCAAAGGUGCCCAAACUUUUUUCUAUGAGGGUUCAGAAAGUAAACUCGAUUGUGGCACACCCACUCAGAACUGAGUACAUUUCCAGAAUAACAACAAUGGACAAAUCUAACACAUUAUAACUUAAUAUAACAAGUUAAAUGCUAAUAGUUCAUUUCUGUUAGUCUCAAUCAUGAUAUCCUUACAACAUGGUAUAUUAUAAGGUCUGGUCAUAUGUGGAGGUAAAUUUGAACAUGGCGAGGAAAAACAUCCACCAGUUGACAUUUUAAAAAGCCUAAAUUGGAUAUUUUAGUUAAAAUAUCAGUAAUGCUGCUGAAAAACCAAUAGUGGUUGGAACCCUGAAGACACAAAAAGAAGCAAAAUUUCCACACGAUUGGAUUUGAAAAGACAGUAAACAUCUGAACCAGGCUUGACUGAUGGCAUCAGGAUAGCGAAGGACACUUUCAUUCACAAGUUAAACUGAAUGCGUACAGACAAAACGUUAUCAGUGCAGAUCAGUUCAAUAGAAACCAGGUAAAUGUGUCUUUUGUGGCAAGAAAUCAGGACAUAUAAAAGUUGUGCUUGGUAUUGUUUUGUUGAUUUUUUUUGUUGUUUUUGAAAAAGUGAGGAAUAAUUAAAUAGUAGAAGUAAAAAGUUAAACGAGCAGUUAAAGUCAUGUUCUUGACUGUAAAUUGAUUAUUGACUUGUUUGCUUUCUCACCAAUAUACUGUGCAGAAGAUGGGCAUAUCUACCUGUAUAUAUGAGGUCCAGCACAGUAUGGAUGAUUUUUCUGUUCUAACAAACCUGAUCCAUCAACUUGGUUGAAAAUGCAGUGGUGGAGAGUAACGAAGUAUUUUUACUUCAAAUUCAAGUUGGUGCAAAUUUUACUUCAGUACCUCAUAAUGUGUUAAAAUGCUGAUCUUUUGUACUUUGAAAUUAAUUCGUAAACUGCAUUAAACAAGAACCUUUCACAGGACACCAACCGUAGCCAUGUGGUGCAGAAGUGUUUCUACGGGGUCUGUCCCUUGGAAAACAAGAUGGUAUGUCAAACCUGCAGCACGAAUCAGAGACCUGGGAGGGCUGGUGUCAAAACCCAGAGCUGAAGCAAGAAAGCACAAGCAUUAAAAUAGAGCAGCCAGACCCGCUGUACCCUACACACCUCGACUCUGACUGCACCAAUGCAUUUCCAAUUUCUGAUGUGGAGAUGGGUUCACCAAUAUCCAAUGUCUGGACAGGUUUGAAAAGAAGCAAAGGAAAAGCUAAAUUAAAGCUGAAGAAAAAACAUUACUGUGUAUAUUGUAAAAAACCAUCCCUCCGUAUGACGCAGCAUCUCCUUUCAGCACAUGGCAAAGAACCCGAAGUAGCAAAGGCCCUUAGUUAUGACAAGAAGUCAAAGGAAAGGAAACAGUUACUGGAUCUUCUGCAAAGCAAAGGAAACCUCUUGCACAAAGAUGUGGGAAUGAGUAAAACUUUAGCAUCAUCUAAACAGCAUGCCAAAGCCAGAUCUAAUACGGACUCUGUGCAGUGCGUUUAUUGUCUUGGAUUAUAUAGCAGUAAGAGUAUUGCUAAUCACGUGAAGAGAUGCAAGCAUAAAUAUCCAUACAAAGCUGAAGCUAGCACUGCCAGUCCCACGUUCAGUAAUGUCGCUUCUCAGCCAAGUACCUCUUUAAUUAAAUUGAAUCAAGAAAGUUCUCCUAAUUCAAUUAGGUCAUGUAAAGACAAACAGGAAAAUCCCCAUUCUCUGUCUGGAAGCAGCCAUGUUUCAGACACUGGUCACAGUGCAGCACAGCUUUACAUUGACCCAGAAUCUGCAGGUUCUCCUUGUGAAGACUUGGGGUUAGUUGGUGAACAACUAUUUGCUGAUCUUAAUUCACAAAGUGAUCUCACUCCAGACACCAGCUUGGCCAGGAAUAACCACACAGACAAAAAAACUACUUGCACCUCUCUUGCCUACAAUCAGACUGAAACAAGCAUGAAUGAGGACAAGAAAACUGCCACUGUGCAGAGCAGCCAGAACUUACAUACGGAAGAGAACAGGAAGAAGAGCUUACAUGUUGAAACUCAAUCACGGACUAUUGACAAUCCUUUAGACGAAGAGGAGAAUGUCUUACAGAACUCAUUACUGCACAUCUGUCAGCACUGCAGCGCCACCUUCUGCAGUCCCUAUCACCUACGCAGGCAUGAAUACACUCAUACAAAUGAAAGGCCUUACUGGUGUAGUGAGUGUGAUGUGGGCUUCAUCCAGAAAUACCGCUAUCGAAACCACAGAAUGACCCACCAUGGAGAACGGCAUUUAAGCGUUAACAAGGAUGAAUCAAGAAGGUGUAAAAAGCGGUCUUCUGGUGGAGAGGAGCCAGCAGAGAGUGAGCUCCAUUAACAGCAAAUGGCUGAGAGCACUUUGUGGAUAUUUUAGCCUUCCAACGUUUUUGAGGAAAGAGUUUGACUCAACAAGCAGAGAAAGUCUCUCAAUGAAGGAAGAGCUGACUGCAAAGAAAAGAAAACUCAUGAACUAUGUGCCAGAGUGAGAACCGGUGAAUAGUGUAUAGUUGGAUAUUUUAUUUCCUUUUUUUUUUUUUUUACAAAUUGUAAUAAUUGUUAUUAGCCUUUACCUCUAUGUUUUUGUAUUGGUUUUUAUAUCUUGCUUAAUAAGAUAUUUCGAAACACUCAUGAACACUCCAGUUAAGUGCAGUUACUUUUUGGUAUGUCAUCCAAAUGGUUAUUAUUGUGCAUGAUCAAGUGCAAGUUACAGAUGACAAGUGUAUUGUUAUUUUAAUUUGUGUGUGUGAGUUUUCUACUAGCAGAAACAUUAAUUUUAUUGAGUGGAAGUAAGCACCACUAGUAUCUCCAGUAAAUUGCUUUACUUUG